GAGUCCGGUUCGACCGGGCGCCCCACACCCGACCGACCAAAUCCGUCGCCGGCUUUCGCAGGCUCGCGGUCGCACCAUCGUCAUCAACUCCCUCCCUCCCUUCUCCCUGCCUCUAUCUCGCGGCGACGUUGCUGCGGCGGAGGCGGCGGAGGAUUCGUUGAGGUUCGAUUCCCGGCGGCCCUCGCCGAUCGGACUCCGACGUCGGAAAACGCGAAGUUCCGCCGUUCCGUCGAGGCAGUUUGCGCAGCAUGAUUGACUCGGCUGUGGAUCAUGUUGAAGCAACGAUCAGGGAGGAAAUUGAGAAAAUAUGCUGGGGUUGUGGACUUCGCCUUCUUUUACCGUCCAACGCACCUAUUUUCAAGUGUGGUUGGUGUGGAGCUGUAACCAAUCAACAUGCACAGAAACGAAAAGAUAAGUCCCUGCGGUGGAGACGCUGGCGUGACCGGUGCUUUGUUAGUGUGGUGUCAUUUUUUAUGCUCUGCAUUUUGUGUGGUGGAGUUUGGACUGUUCACCCUGUUGUUUUCUCCAUCAGCUAUAUCUCUGGCAUCUUCCACUGCCUUGUUACUGCAGUAUUGGCAGUAAGUACCUUUACAACCUUCGGCCUUGCUGCAUUUCGCUGUGCAGGCAGGCCUCCAAAUAUACAGUGGGGCAGCUAUCCAGUGGUGGGGAAGGGGGACCUUGAGGACUAUACCUUCUGUCUUUAUUGUUGUAAGCCAAAAUCGCCAAGAAGUCAUCAUUGUCGCUCAUGUGGAAUGUGUAUAGAGGACAUGGAUCAUCACUGCCCAUUUAUAGGGAACUGUGUCGGAGCCACAAACCAUCGGCAUUUUAUUAUCUUCCUCAUCUCGACUCUAAUCAGCACCGUGUACGUCACAAUUAUGUGUUCUUAUGCAGGGUGGCAUAUCUGGCCACCACUGAGGUUUACAUCUCUUGCUCAUCCAUACAUAUUGGCCAGUGGUUCCACUUCAAGAGUGGUCAGAGAACUAUCUCAUGCUUUGUUAGGUUCUGCUAUGCUAUUAUCAACAAGGGGCAUUAUCCUUGUGUACUUAAUUGUUUCCAGCGUCUCUGUUCAGAUAGGCCUCACUAUCCUUUUGUGGCAACAACUAUGUUACAUCUAUGAAGGGCAGACAUAUUUAAGCCAUCUAAGUUCAGGGGCAGAUGGUGGGUCUGGGGGGAGAGAUUGUCAAAACCUCGUGCGUUUUUUCGGUUGUCCCUACUCUUUCUCAAGACAUUUGCCGAUUUUCCGGAGUUCUCGGAAGAAACAUAGAAAAUGAGACCGGAUGUGAAAAAAAAAAAAGGAAAAAAGAAAAAAAAAAAAAACUCAACUCUCUAGUGUCUUGAUCCAUACUUCUCCGAUGUUCCUCUCCCAUAUUCCACUGCUGAAGUUGUCUAUUGCGGAAUCAUCUUGCAAUGAAAUGCCCUUUGUCGUCC